AUGAGCUCUUAUCUAGACAAACUGGAAAUUUGUACCUAUUCGGUCAUAGUGCCGAGCUCUGGCAGCGCCCACCUACCACAAUCGUACUAUCCAACUCCAAGUGCUCUUCAAUUUCCACCCGCAGCUAAAAAAAUGAGCGGGCAUUACCCGGCUUCCCUACACCCGACCCGAACCCGCAUAGGCUGGAUAGGCAUCGGCGUUAUGGGCGGCGCUAUGGCCUCCCGCCUCAUCUCCGCCGGCUACUCCCUCUCCAUCUACGCCCGCAGCCCCUCCAAGGCCGCCUCCCUCCUCUCACUUGGCGCCAGUCUCGCCGCCUCCCCCGCCGACCUCGCCGCCUCCAGCGACGUUGUGUUCACCAUGAUCGGCCACCCCUCCGACGUCCAAACCCUCGUCCUCGACACGCUCCUCCCGUCGCUAGACCCCGGCACCGUAAUCGUCGACCACACCAGCAGCCACCCCGCCCUGGCGAGGCGAAUUUACCGAUCCGCCCUCGAGAGACGCUGCUAUUCCGUCGAUGCCCCCGUCUCCGGAGGCGACGUCGGCGCCAGAGACGGCAGACUUGCGAUUUUUGCCGGCGGGGACUCGGAGGUCGUUCAGUGGCUGAAACCGCUGUUUGACAUUUUGGGGAAAGUGAACUAUAUGGGCGGAGCUGGGAAGGGACAUAGCUGUAAAAUCGCGAAUCAGAUUGCUGUCGGGGGGAAUUUGCUGGGAUUGAGCGAGGGUUUGGUGUUUGCCGGGAAAUCUGGACUGGAUAAGGAGAAGUAUCUGGAGGCUGUGCGUGGUGGGGCCGCCGGGUCCAUGGCUAUGGAAUUGUUCGGGAAGAGGAUGAUCGGCAGAGAUUUUAGGCCAGGAGGUUUUGCGGAGUAUAUGGUGAAGGAUUUGGGGAUGGCGGCUGAUGUUGCAGAGGAGGAGGGGCACACGGGGACAGUGGUGCUGCCGGGAGCUGCACUGGUAAAGCAGUUGUUUUCGGGGAUGGUGGCGAAUGGGGACGGGAAAUUGGGCACACAAGGUUUGGUGACGGUGGUCGAGAGGAUCAAUUGCUUGGGGGGCUGA